CGUCCCCCGUGUGUUUCUAAGUGCUGCUGCUCUUGAAAUUUGGUGAAAAUGCAAGCAGAAGUUAAGACAGGCCAAACAAAUCGCGAUCUUUAAGGCGGAUCUUCAACGAACGGCCGGCGAGGGCUUGCCCAAACUCCACUAAACCACACCGCCCCACGACCCCACUCCGAGCGAAAAGCGUAAGGAUUCGUUGUCGUCGUCGUCACACAAUAUGUCUCAAUCGCAUCGUGACCGAGGUGGCGGCUCCGGGCCACUGCCAAAUCGUUGGCUAUAUUGCCCUCGGAAAAGCGACUCGAUCAUUGCCGAGCGUUUUCUGGCCUUUAAGACACCACUCAGUCAGGCAUUCAAGGACAAAAUGCCCAUUGAGUGCACCUUUCGUCCUGAGAUGCUCUUUGACUACUGCAAGACAGUGAAGCACAAGCUAGGUCUCUGGGUGGACUUGACCAACACGAAACGAUUCUAUGAUCGCUCGACGGUGGAGGAGCGCGGGGCGCAAUAUAUUAAGCUGCAGUGUCGCGGCCAUGGUGAGACUCCCUCGCACGAGCAGACGCGCAGCUUCAUUGAAAUUGUCGACAACUUCAUCACGGAGCGUCCUUUCGAUGUGAUCGCCGUCCAUUGCACGCAUGGCUUCAAUCGCACGGGCUUCCUGAUUGUCUCCUAUAUGGUCGAGCGUCUCGAUUGCUCCUUGGAGGCAGCCCUAUCCGUCUUUGCCAACGCCCGGCCACCGGGUAUCUACAAGCAGGACUAUAUUGAUGAGCUAUACAAACGGUUUGAGCUUGGCGAGGAUGCUCCCCAGGCGCCUGAACAGCCCAACUGGUGUCUGGAGUACGACGACAGCAAUGGCGAUGAUGACAUCUUGCCGAGCAGAAAGCGCCCCAACGAUGACAGCAGCACCUCUUCGUCCACAUCGCAACAGGCAGCAGCUGGAGAUGGCAACGAAGACGACGCCGAUGACGUGGAUGGGGAGGAGGGCGAGGGCGGCGAGGGUGGCGAAGCCAAUGGUUCGAAGAAGAAGCGACGACGGGAGAUGGUCGUAAGGAAUGCCACAUUCAUGGACGGAGUCCCCGGGGUACGACAAGUCUGCGAUCAGCCGCGUUUGGGCGACCUCCAGUCGAGGGUGCAGAACUGGUGUCACUGGAACAAGAAUGGCUUCCCCGGCUCCCAGCCGGUGUCCAUGGACAGGCAUAAUAUCAAGCGACUGAGCGAGAUACCCUAUCGCGUUUCCUGGAAAGCCGAUGGCACACGCUACAUGAUGCUCAUCGAUGGCCAAGACGAGGUGUACUUCUUUGACCGAAAUCACUCAUGUUUCCAGGUGGAGAAUGUCACGUUUCUCGAUGGCAAGAAUCUAAACGAUCAUCUCGAUGGCACCCUGGUGGAUGGGGAAAUGGUGCUGGACAGGAUCGCUGACGGUGUGAUGCCGCGUUACCUCAUCUAUGACAUUGUACGGCUCUCCAAUCGAGAUGUGCGCGAGGAGCCCUUCUUUCCCAAUCGACUGGAUUACAUCAAAAACGAUGUGAUAGGUCCCCGCAUCUCGGGCAUGAAGCAGGGCAUCAUUGUCCAAAAACUACAGGCAUUCAGUGUGCGGGCCAAGGAUUUUUGGGACAUUUGGAUGUCUGCCCGCCUGCUGGGCGAGAAGUUCGCCCGUUCGUUGGCCCACGAGCCCGAUGGUUUGAUAUUUCAGCCUUCGCAUCAGCCCUACACGGCCGGCGUCUGUCCGAAUGUCUUCAAAUGGAAGCCCCACGAACUCAACUCUGUGGAUUUUCGGCUCAAGAUCAUCACAGAACGCGGCGAAGGACUGCUGACCAAAAAGGUUGGCUUCCUCUAUGUGGGCGGACAUGACGCACCGUUCGGGCGUAUGCAAAAGUUGACCAAGGAUAUCCGUGAUGUGGACAACAAGAUUGUGGAGUGCACCAUGAAUCAGUUUGGCAACUGGGAGUUUAUGCGAGAGCGAACAGACAAGAAGCAUCCAAAUAGCUUCAAUACAGCACGCGCCGUUGUGGAGAGCAUAAAGCAACCGGUUACAAAGGAUUAUCUGCUUAAUUAUAUUGCCAAUUGUGGAUUUCGUGAUGAUCAUACCAUGAUGCCGCCACCUCAUAAUGCCCACCAUUCCCAUGGUGCCAUGCAGCAUGCCCAGCAUCAUCAGGGGGCACCACCACAUGGUCAGCAUCGGUCCGUUUGA